AUGGCACAACGACAGCCUGCCGCAUUCGCGGUAGGCCGAGACGACCGAAAACCUUUCCAACAUUCGCACAUACCCGCCGAACAUGCGGCGCUCAUCCAAUCGAGAGAAACGGGGGAUGUGAUUCCCGACGAUGCCCCGGUAGGCAAAGUCAAGGCGUUACCGUUUGCCAAGUCGUGGGUGCACAUGAUGGCUGGAGGUGUUGGUGGAAUGACAGCUGCGACGAUAACUGCACCGCUCGACGUGCUCAAGACGAGAUUACAAUCCGACAUUUACCAGGCGCAACUACGGGCUGCGAGAAUGGCAAAGGGACAAGCCUUGACGGGACUGAACCCGGCCAGAGCAGCCUUGUAUCAUUUAACCGAUACUCUGGAGAUUUUAGGCACGGUUUAUCGAACUGAAGGCUCGCGCGCCCUAUUCAAGGGCCUCGGCCCUAAUCUGGUGGGCAUUGUACCUGCCAGGAGUAUAAACUUUUACGUCUACGGUAACGGCAAGCGACUCAUAUCCGAGCAUUGGAAUCGCGGCGAAGAAGCGCCCUGGGUACAUCUCGUGGCUGGAGUGGCGGCCGGAGUAGCGACAUCGACGGCGACGAACCCUGUUUGGAUGGUCAAGACUCGACUCCAGCUUGACAAGAACGUUUCAGAGCGAAGCGGUGGAGUUAUGUUGCGGCAAUACCGAAACAGCUUUGACUGCGUGCGACAGAUUAUUCGUGACGAGGGCAUCCGCGGCCUGUACAAGGGAAUGAGCGCAAGCUAUUUGGGUGUGGCGGAGUCAACACUCCAAUGGAUGCUGUACGAGCAGAUGAAGGCGUCGCUGGCGAGAAGAGAGGAGCGCAUCCAGCUCAGCGGGAGGGAAAAGACUUGGUGGGAUAAUGCGGUGGACUGGACUGGAAAAGCUGGUGCUGCUGGUGGCGCCAAGCUGAUUGCUGCGAUUUUGGCAUAUCCCCACGAGGUUGCCCGAACUCGACUUCGACAGGCACCGUUGGAUAAUGGCCUUCCAAAGUACACGGGGUUGGUCCAGUGCUUCAAACUGGUAUGGAAAGAAGAGGGCAUGAUUGGUCUAUACGGCGGCUUGACACCUCACUUGAUGCGAACUGUGCCCAGCGCGGCCAUCAUGUUUGGCAUGUACGAGGGCAUUCUCCGUCUUUUCAAUACUCCUGCAUAG